AUGAAUGAAGUAGAUCACAUGCUGAAAGGCAUGUUCAGAGUGCUGGAGGUAUUUAACUUCCUUGAUUGGUGGCCCAACAAUUCUUGCACGGUUUCCACAACACGCAAGCAGUUACUAGAAGAAAAGCAUGCAAAAUUUGUUAGAGAAGCUCUUCCAGAGUUAUUGAGUUUGUUGGCUGGGCACUUACAAGUUGAAGACAAUGAGAAAAAGAAAAAAAGUGCAGAUAAGCGCACCACGAGAGAAUUGCUAAGUUUUAUGAAGUCCGCUGGUUUAUCUGUUGAUGUGGUGAAGUCCUUGGGUUUAAUUUUAGGAGCCUGUGUGCGUGGAGAAAAAAAUGAGAGGGAUCUGUUGGCUGUUGCUACUGAUGUGAACAAUUGUUAUAGAUCUGGUUAUCUAAGCAAAAAAAAUGCCUUUCAAAAAGGUUUAUUUGAACAGUGGUUAUUGAGAGGUCUUGACUGGGCUCCUCACGGAGAAUGGCUUUGUGUACGCAGAGGAUGCAGACAGCCGUGGCCAGUGGUAUCACUAGCACCUCAAUCACAUCAUAGGGUAGUAGCCUCACCAGCAGCAGGGCAUAGGUUAAUAUAUGUAUGUGAGCUCAUUGAUGGCUUAACUGCACAUAUGGGAGAAGAGGUGGCCAACUGUGAUCUAAAAAUUCGUAGAUGUUCCAAGUCAAACAUUUACAUCCUUCAGCCUAUCAGAAAUGCUGUGAUACACAAGUGUCAUGACACUAGGGUAGUUUUAGGGCCAGUUACUGGAAGGGUUCGUCUGAGCGAGUGCCGUAACACUGUAGUUGUAUGUGCAGCGAGGUCGAUGGUAAUAGCAGAUUGCAGAGGAGUUAUUGUGCACACGCUCACUCCACAAAGGCCAAUUUUAGUCGGUGGACGUACGCAAGGCGUCACUUUGGCCCCACUUAAUAUAUACUACACAAAGCUUAAGCAGCAUAUGAUGCAUGCACAACUUCAGUCACAUAUUAAUAUGUGGAAUAGACCAUUACAUUUAAGUAGUGAUGGGGUAAUUACUGGUGCUUGCGAAGUAAUGAAUCCUGAAGAUUUCCAGCUUUUGAUCAUUCCAUUCACGCAAACCCCUCCAGUAGAUGGCAGACCCCCACUUCUUCCUCCUGGGUUGCCUCAUGAAUAUGCAAAGAGUGUUGAAGAUGCUGGAAAAUGUGUUUCAAGUUUUAGAUCUGAAGUGAAAGAUGCAAACCUCACUCCAGAGCAGCGGGCUAUUUUGCAAAAAGUCAUUGACACUAAAUUUAAGAUUUGGCUGCGAGAAACGGGUAAACAACGGGAGCUUGAUCAGCUCGAGAAGUUUGCAAUCACGUUAAAAUACGAACGGGUGGCAAAAACAACCUCUAUAUAGACUAGAAAUUAUUUGACCUGUGGACCAGAUUUAAUGCCUUGUUGCCAAAUGAAAUGCAUUUAGUCAGUAGUGUUAAGGUUAUACUUGCUCAAGCAAUGAGUAUUUUGUAAUGUAUUUAUAUAGUUUUAGCCAAUAUGAUACAUAUCUUCCAGUGAAAGAAAUAUUCAGGAACUUCCAAAUAUUUGUGUUCGUGUU